GGUUGGUCGGCACUUUCCGGAGCCGGUCGACAAUACUCGUCAUCUCCCCUUUCACUGCAGCUCCUUCGCCGAGCGGACUGGCCCGCUGCUCUCAUCUGAGUCUUCGGCGCAGCCUCUCGGAUCUAUUAAACGACCAGUGCCGGCUCUCCGGAAGCCUCCAGCUUCAGUACAAAUGCAAGCUAUCAAAUGCGUAGUGGUCGGCGACGGGGCUGUGGGUAAGACCUGUCUGCUGAUUAGCUAUACCACCAAUGCAUUCCCUGGUGAAUACAUCCCCACUGUCUUUGACAACUACUCUGCCAAUGUUAUGGUGGAUGGGAAACCAGUCAAUCUGGGCCUUUGGGAUACAGCUGGACAGGAGGACUACGAUAGGCUCAGACCACUAUCUUACCCACAGACGGAUGUGUUCUUGAUAUGCUUCUCCCUGGUCAGUCCGGCCUCCUUUGAGAACGUCCGAGCUAAGUGGUACCCUGAAGUGAGACACCAUUGCCCCAACACACCCAUCAUUCUGGUGGGCACCAAGCUGGACCUGCGAGAUGACAAGGACACCAUUGAGAGGCUGCGGGACAAGAAGCUCUCCCCUAUCACCUACCCGCAGGGUCUGGCCAUGGCAAGAGAGAUUGGGGCUGUGAAGUACCUUGAGUGUUCGGCGCUGACCCAGCGAGGCCUGAAGACGGUGUUCGACGAAGCCAUUCGAGCUGUGCUCUGCCCUCCGCCCGUGAAGAAGAGGGGGAAGAGGUGCACCAUGUUCUGAGAUGAAGACACUGCUGAAACAUGUCGCCAUCGAAAACAACCACUCCAUCUCUGAGAGGAUGGGGUGGGGAAACUAGGUUGAGUGAGUGUACACUGCUGAGAUUGCUUCCUUUAUAUUGAUGUUUUUUCAACGCAAUAUUGGUAACAGGAUCAAUAUUUUCUCUGAUUGUUUUAACAUUGCUGAAUAAGGUAAAAGACAUUGACUGUACACCUGCUUUGUACUCAUAGAACCACACCAAGUUCCCAUGAGGGCUGAUUUUGGUUUCUAUUGCUCGUCUUUUGCAGCUUUGUCCUGUCUUUCUCAGUCAUGCUUGCUUUUUGAAUGAAUGCAGUGUUGACUCGCUAGAGAGUGAACUGUGAAUAAGUCUUAAGGUCACUGAGUAACUCCUAGUUUUUAGAUUAGAGCAGAAACCUUUUCAUCUCAAGACCCAAAUGAGAAAUUUGGUGCCCACACAUCAUUUUCAAGAAACAUGACUCAAAAAGCUAGAUAUACGAUCAAUGAAAUGGUGGCGAUGAAAUGGUUAUGGCGUUUAAUUUGCAGCCGAAACGUAAUGAUAUUGUAGGUUUAGUAAUGAACACAAAUUUGAAAAAAUUGAAAAACGGUUAAGUCAUAAUGACUUAUGAAAAUGUCAGUUAAAAUGAGGAAAAAAUGACCAUAUUAAUUAAUAGGACGGAAUGAUAUGAUAUACUAUAAUUCAGUGUCAUUGGUUUAUAAUGUAAACAUAAUAACUUCAAAGAAAUAUGAAAUCAAAAAAGAGCGAAUUAGAUCAUGAAUUAAAUUUAAGGAAAAUUCUGGUUCAUUAUAUUUGAAUAGGUUUAGUGGUCAUCAAUAAUGUUGUUUACAGAUAUCCGAUUUUAGACUAAACAUUUGUGGUUAAGACAAAUACUGUACAACUCUAUUAUUAGAUUUUAAAGCAUUUGUAUUUUAACACCUUAGAAUCAACUGAAUUAGCUGUGUCUGGUCAGUAACAUUGUAGUGGAACCUUGAUAAGGUCAGACGGAAACCGAAAUGUAUGAAAACUGAAUACAUUUUUCCCCAUAAGAAAAAAAUGUAAAUGCAAUUCAUCUGUUCCAGACACCAAAAAUAUUAACACAAAACACAUUUUAUAGAGAAUAAUUAUAGUUUUACAUGCAGAAAACAAAGCAAAAUACGGGAGGAGAGGAGGCACGGAAGAGCUGCGUGGACACUGUUUCAUUCCACAGUUGUGGCCAAAUGUUUUGAGAAUGACACAAGUAUUGGUUUUCACAAAGUUUGCUGUGUCAGUGUUUUUAGAUCAUUUUGUCAGAUGUUACUAUAUUGUUCCCCAACCCACUUAGUUAUCACUUUUGUCUUUGGGAAAGGCAUUGUUCGUCACUGAACUGUUCUUGGAUGGUUGGGGAAGUUGCUUUCGGAGGUGGUUUUGGUACCAUACUUUAUUCACGGCUGUGUUCUUAGGCAAAAUUGUGGGUGAGCCCACUCCCUCGGCUGAGAAGCAACCCCACACAUGAAUGAUUUCAGGAUCCUUUACUAUUGGCAUGACACAGGACUGAUUGUGGCGCUCAUCUUUUCUUCUCUCAAAUCAGAAACUAGUUUUGCCCCAGUCUUCAGGAGUCCAAUAACUGUAUAUUUUGCAGAAUACCAAUCUGUCCCUGAUGUUUUUCCUUGAGAGAGGGGACUUUUAUGCGCCCUUCUUGACACCAGGCCAUCUUCCAAAAGUCUUUGCCUCACUGUGUGAGCAGAUGCACUCAUGACUGCCUGCUACCAUUCCUGAGCAAGCGCUUCACUGGUGGUGCCCCGAUCUCAUAGCUAAAUCCGCGGAGACAGUCCACACCUGGAGCCCUGAAGCCCUGAAGCCUUCUUCACAAAAAUUGAACCUCUCUCCUUAUACUUCUUAAAGAAUGGUUGGUUUAGGUGCCAUCCUACUAGCAGCAAUAUCCUUGCCUGUGAAGCCCUUUUUGUGUUAACCAGUGAUGACUGCACGCGUUUUCCUUGGUUAACAGAGGAAAAACAAAGAUUUCAAACACCACCGUCACGUUUUAAAGCUUCCAGUCGGUUAUUCUCACUUAAUCAGGAUGACAGUCAUCGCCAGCCUUUGUCCUUGUCAACACUCUCACCUAUGUUAACUAGAGAAUUGCUAACAUUAUGUCAGCUGGUCCUUUUGUGGCAGGGCUGAAAUGCAGUGGACAUGUUUUUUGGGGGAUUAAGUUCAUUUUCAUGACAAAAUGGGAGUUUACAAAUAAUAUCCAUUUAUCUUAUCACUCUUCAUAACAUUCUGAAGUAUAUGGAAAUUGCCAUCAUAAAAACUGAGGCAGAAGGCUUUGUAAAAAUUAAUGGUGUCAUUCUCAAAACUUUGGGCCAUGACUGUGUAGUGUGUCCCAAACAUAACUUUAAAGAGUGCUCCCUUGAACUUUAUUGUAAACUUCAGCAGCAGAUGCAAUCAUCAUUACUCACAAUCUGUUCUGUGUCUCUGUUAAACCAUUCCCCUUGCAACCCGUGCUAACUGGAAACCUUUACAUUAACAGAUGUACUUUGCUGUGACUCUUUUCUAGAAUUCAGUUGUAUUUGUCAUCUCCUUUAUCAAAGUUUUGGAACUUUCAACUGUUUUUUUUAGCCGUCCAAAAUAAAGAAAGCACAGAUUCCUCUAACGGCCAGAAAUAUGCACUUGUCCCUUGCUCUUUCGCAGUAUGUGAUGAUUAACCAAACCUUCAUUGCAGUUCACAGAUUUACAUCCUCCUCCCUUCUGAUAUUACUACACACACCUCUGAAAUCAAGUGGUUAAGAUGCCUGGGAUAAACUAGACUUAGUUCCAGUAAAUGUGGUCAAAAGCAUAGUGUAAUGAACCAGCACUUUCCUUAUAAAGACUAAACACUGCAUUAAAAAACGCAGCUUUCAAUCAGAUUCAUACUGUCUUGUGAGGGCUGUUGACUUGGUAUCCUUUGACUGGACUGCUAAGCGUAAAAAAGAUACAAAUCCUCAAAUUACCUGUUUUGUUGUUUGUUGUCAAACAUCUGCUGUUACUCGAGUACUUUUCGGGUAAGUCCAUCUGAACUGUGAACAUGUGACAGACAAGCAUGCCAAACGUGGGGGCUGUGUACAACCUUGCUGCCUGAGUUCUGCCUCUGAGGGUGGAGGAGUUUGCAUGAGUCUUAAAAUAUUCUGUCAUUGUUUUGAUGUCGUCAGUGUGCGUGCGUGCGCGCGUGUGUGUGUGUGCGCGCGCGCGUGGAAGAACAUUGCUCAAUAGUUUGGGGGAACUGCAUUAAAAACAGUAUUGUUUAAAGCCAAGUUUUUAGUGUCAGGUUUUUGGUACUAUUUCAUAUUGUACUGCAGUAAUACACACGACUGUCAACAUGAAUAGAUUUAAAAUGACACCUAGUGAUGCACAAAAAAAUUCAUAGGAAAGGAAUGCUUUAUGAAUACCUUAAUGUACCUGAUUAUGUAGUUAUUAUUACUCUGAAAUGAUGCAAAGUGAUUCAUGUUGAAGUUAGAAGUGUUGCUGAUGUUAAGAAAAAAAAACCAUAACGGGGCUGAUCUUAAUCUGUGGAAAAUAAUGUUACUGUUUAUGAAAUAAAUGCAUUUCUGUAUGGUUGCAGGGCUUCAGUGUGUCUGUCUCUCCCUGGUGGCCAGACGCAGCACUUUGUGGUAAUGUUUAUAUUGGUUGGCAUAGCAUACUAUGUGGUUGAACAUAGUGUGUAGCCAGGACCAGCUAAGGAGUCGAAGUGUAGCUGACAAACGCAGCACCAAUUCCUAAUCUACUACUGCAUGGAAAUGAUCUGGUUAUUUGACACACUGUAAUUCUUAGAUGAGUUUCCAAUGCAUUGGCCAUGUAUGUAUGUAUGUAAUGUAAGAUGACUUGUAUACUUGUUCCAAUUGUAUCUGUUUUUGUUUUGUUUUUUUAAAUUCACGUCUGUGUGGUUUCAAUUUUUGGAAUACUAAAUACAAAUGUAUAUGUA